AGCGUCGUCGUUGGCCCUUCAUUCGCUGCGACAUCCUAUAGUUUUAAGAAUCAUAGGAAGGAUAUGGCGAAAGGUGAAACAGAUCUCGCCACACUGUUUCUACCGCCAUUAUAUCGCUUCGAAAUAUCAGUGGCUCAUUAUUGGCUCAAAUAUCGCUCCAGGAUGUGGAAGCAAUUCAACUGAACGUACAGUAGAACUGCUAUAUGGUGCAGUAUUUUACCUUUCCAUUGCCAAAUAUGAACCAUCUACGCUCAAAACAGACUCCUGCCGCUUAAGAUCUCGAUCUCGAUCACAAUCAAAGAAGCUUUCGGGCGUUCCGUUUGUAGACAAGGAAAAAUGCUGAAUUGUGGCACCAGAUUGUUUGUGUUCUCGCCGUACCAAUUGGCGUGGCACAGACUCGAGCCUCAUUACAGCAUCUACGUGCCACCUCACUUGUUCAUGAUUUGAUGAUGUCUGAUUCUAAUAGACUGCCGGACAUUGUUGGCAUUCGCUUGACCGAAAGAGGGUGUAGUAUUCGCGCCAUAUUGCCACGGUUUGCAUGGUGGGAAGCUUCUCAUUCAUGCGUCCCUUCUCGUGGCUCUCAUCGGGGCAUACAUCUUGCGACAUCCAAGAGCUUCAAGGGAAGGUGUCUGCUAAGCUACGGCGGCACGGUGAAACGAGUCUACCUCACCGUUUGAUUGCGUCAUAGUGCAGCUUGCUCCACAUCGUUUGUUCUAAACGCAAAAUGGUCAGGCCAGCAUGCAACAGGCCGCCGUCAAAAGUUAUCCUUCCAAUAUUUCUCAACAUACAACGAAGACAAACCUUUCAAGAUGUCUCUAGGUGACGCUGAUGCAAAGUUUCCCGGAAACACGGAUAGUGCAAUACCUCCGUCGCCAUCACGGGAAAAUCCUGGACAAGUAUACCCUAAGUCAGAUCCACAAGGUAGGGUGCACUCUUUUCGUCUAGUACCAGCCUCUUUACUGACGGAUUAUGUCGCUACAGCUGCGCCCGUUGAAUCCGUCCCGGGCACAGGUGGAGAGCAUGAGCCUGGAUCGUUCUUCGGUAAUCCAUACGCCUUCGACAGUGUCUUUGGAAAGCUGGAACACGCUCUAAACGAAACUAUCUCUGCGGUCGAAAAUGAAGGACAAAGCGUCGGUGCAUCAUCGAAUGAGAACGCCAUGUUGCAGAAGCUCAGAGGAUGGCGCACGGAGUUGGACAUUUUGAGGUCAGGAAAGCAAGGGUUCGGCAGAGUUCAUAGGGGAACUCCACAGGAGGGCGGUAUGUUCACGGAUUGAACAAGGACACUUCACACCCACCAUGUCCGUCAAUGUGGAUAGAAGAAGUUACAGGUAUAUGCGGUCCAAGCCAACUUAGUAUGUGCAGUUCUGUGCAACCAGAAGUACGCGGCAACUUGAUAGUCUAGUCGUAAUGGACAUUGAAUUCAUAAGGAACGUGGGGCAGAGGCAUCGGCCGUAUCCGAAACUAUGAUACAUGAUAUGAUCUAACCAAAAACCCGGUAGCCCAGAGCGAAACUCCCUAAGCUGACCAGUGUAGAUAUGAGUAGCAUAUAGCCGUCAGAUGCGCAUCUGUACUCACAGGCAAAUUGGGAAAGUUGAAAGUUCCAAAACAUACUAAUAGGAUGAGGGAAUCCGGGC